UACUAGUUAUAGUAAAUUUUGAGUUUGAACCGAAACUUGAGGCAUAUACAUAUAAGGAGAAACCACUAUGGAACCGCCAUGCGAAUAGUACGGACAUAGGCGUAGGAGGAGUUUUCAAUCCUCUCGAUUUCAUUUCCACUAAGCUUUUCGGUUAGUUUUUCUUUUCUUUCCAUUUUCAGAUCCAUGGCGUGUUUUCAAUUUUUCAGAAACUCAAGUUACAACUCAAGAUUACGAGCUCAUCAUAACUUGCACGAAGAGAUGGAGAGCUCCAACCCUGAUGAGAAAAUUCUUAGCUACAACGAUGUUGUGCUCAGGAGAUCAGAUUUGGAUAUCCUAAGUGGACCAGAUUUUCUGAAUGAUCGUAUAAUCGAGUUCUAUCUGAGCUAUCUCUCUUCAUCCCUUGAUUCUUCAGACGUCUUGCUAGUUCCACCAUCAAUAUCUUACUGGAUAAUGAGCUGUUCUUCGAUGUCAAAUCUCAAGGAGUUUGUGGAGCCGCUGAAUUUGUCUUCUAAAAGACUGAUACUCUUUCCUGUCAAUGACAAUGAAGAUGUGAGUUUGGCCGAAGGUGGAACUCAUUGGAGCUUACUUGCAUUCGAGAGACAAACUAAUAUGUUCAUUCACCACGAUAGCAAUGCACCCGGGAACAGAUUACCUGCUUUCCGUCUUUACAAUGCAGUUCGCAACUACAUCUCGGAUUCAGGUUCAGAAUCUAAAGCCAAGUAUACAGAAUGCAGUGAUUGUCCAAGGCAAGAGAACGGUUAUGAUUGUGGCUUAUAUGUUACUGCCAUUGCCAGAGUGAUAUGCCUUUGGCAUAGUAAUGGUCACAACAUAGCCAAUGGCAAAAAUUUUCUAUGGUUUUCUGAUUUGAAGGAGAAGGUUACUCCAUCUUUGGUUUCUGAAAUGAGAAAUGAGAUUCUGGAGCUGAUUAAAACUCUCAUGGCCAAGAAGAAGUGAGAUUUUCAGUAGAUGAAAGGAAGAAGAAGACCAAUGAAAGAGUUAAUGCUUAGUUAUUUAUGUUUUAGUUCUUUCCUUUGCAAGAAUAUAGACAAUGAUACAGAAAAUGAGUACAGAUUUUAGGACAUCGUUAUAGGAGUACUUAACUGUUAAUAAUAAUAUCAUGUUAGAAACAAUCAUGGUUUAAAAUUUUGUUUAUUAUUGUUUAGUUAUGUUCA